AUGGAAGAUAGACAAGAUAUAAGUAUGUUGGUUGUUGCAAGUUUAGAUAGGGAGUUUGAGUUGGUGUUUGGAGGUAGCAGGAGUACUACUACAACGACAAACACGAUUCAUUCACAAUACUCCAAAGCGAUUGCUUUUUAUUGA